AAUCUUUUUAAUUCCUUAUAAAAGAGAAUUAUAACAUAUUUUUGACACAUGUCACAAUCUUAAUAAAUUAAUUGACACAUGUCGCGAUCAUGUUAAUUAGCAACUUUGAAAAAUCAAGCUUUAUAUAAUAAGAUAGAUUGUUUGAGCAAAUGAUGUCUCUUUCUUUAAUGCAUCCUCUUACACCAAUUUUAAUUUUUGAAUGAUACAUUUUUUUUGUAAACUUAAUAAUAGGUACACCCUUUCACAUGUUAUUUUUAAGUUUGAACAAAGCACCAUUUUAAUUGAUUGAUACAACUCUUUGAACAAAGGACUGGUAUUUCUCUCACACAUCUUUUUACAUGUUUUUUAGAAAGAAAAGAAUUUACUGUAUAAUCAAAAUAUAUAAUUUUACUAUAUCAGUCUCACUUUCUUGUCUCUUCUUGCUCUCUCAUUUUUAUUAUUAUCAUUUAUCAAUACCUCUUUGACGUGCAAGGAGUAGGUGAGGGUUUUGUUCUAGUUAUAGUGGAGUUGUUGUUUCUUCUUACGUGCAGCAAUUCUAAGCCAUAACAAGUUUAUUUUUUUAAUAAAGACUUUUCUAUUGAGCCAUAACAAGUUUAUUUAUAUAUAUUCAUAUUGAGCUGGGUUGUUGAUAGAGCAGAAGAAAAAGAUGUCUAAGCUUAUGCAAAAUCCAGUGUUCCACGAAUUGAAGAAGCAAGCUUCUUUCUUCAUCAAAGAGAAGAUCAAGACUGCUCGUCUCGCCGUAACUGAUGUUACUGAAGAAGAGUUAUUAACAGAAGAAGUUACGGGCAGUGCGCUCUCGUUAAUAGACGCUCGCUCCAUGGCGGUCAUAACAAAAGCUUCUUUUGAAGUUGAUCAGUUCCAAAGAAUCGUAAAGAUUCUACGUCAAAGAAUGUUAAUGUUUGAUAGAAGAGAAUGGCGUGGGAUGUACAACACUUUGACAACGUUGAACCACUUGUUAAUCAACGGACCACUAAGUGUAUUCAAGGAGUUUCAACACGAGAAAGAAAUUAUUGAAGAUGUCAUAACGAUUGAGUGGAUCGAUGAAAAAGGGUUCGAAUGUGGUCUAAAAGUUCGAAACAUAGCCGAAGAGGUACUAAAGUUGCUUGAAGAUGAGACGUUUUGCAAGGACGAGAGAGAAAGAAAGCGUAAGCAAAGCUUUGGUCGGAUCACAGGAUUCGGAAGCUCGAGUUUCGUUAUACAUUCUGAAACUCUGUCUGAAACAAACAAAGGACGAGACAGCUCGUUCUUGAGUGACCACCAAACUUGUGAAAAUGAUUGUAACGUUGAUGAUCAUCCUUUCGUGGAGAAAGAACACAAUAAUACUGCUAAACUCUUGGUUUCUUCUUCGACCUAGCUAAGAUGUAUUGUUCUUGUUUGUAUAAUAGUAAAAUCCCUAAUAGUAAGCAUAUAAACGUUUGUUGAUAAUGAUAUGCUUAUUCAUAUAUAUAAGCAUGCAGAUACAAGUUUUCAUUGAUAUGCCUUAUGUAGUCAUAUAGAAACAAGUUUUUCAAUGAGCGUGAUUUUAUCAACUUAGUUUGGA